AUGGCCACCCAAACCAGCCUCGUGAUUGUGCUUCUCCUGGUUGUCAUCCCCCUCUACACCAUCUAUAAGCCUCCCAAACUGGUCAUCAACUACUUUCAGAAACGCUUUCCGGAUGUGUUGUUCCAGGUCGAUACCGACAAGAAGAUCAUAGCCCUUACCAUUGAUGACGCGCCGAGUCCAUACACAACUCAAAUUCUGGACAUUCUGAAAGAGAAUGCCGCAUCUGCAACCUUCUUCGUCAUCGGCGGCCAGGUUCCUGGCAACGAACAUAUCUUGGUCGAUAUUGUGAAUGCUGGCAGUGAAUUGGGCAAUCAUGCAAUGCACGAUGAGCCCAGCAUUCAACUACCAGCCAGCACCCUCGAGGAACAGAUCCAUCAGGUAGAUGAUUACAUCGAGACUGCGUACAAGACUGCCGAGCGGCAGCGACCUGGAACGCGUCUGUUCAGACCUGGAAGUGGCGUAUUCAGCCAAAGGAUUCUGGAUGUUGUGACUAUGGCUGGCCAUAAAACUAUUCUGGGUGGCAUCUAUCCACAUGAUCCGUUCAUCAGCUUUUGGAGAAUCAAUGCUUGGCAUAUUCUGAGUAUGAUGCGACCCGGGGCUGUGAUCAUCUGUCAUGAUCGGAGGUCUUGGACUGUACCUAUGCUGAAGAAAGUGCUGCCGGAGAUGAAGAGAAGAGGGUUUGAAGUUGUCUCGGUUGAGCAGUUCAUGAGGCUGACCAAGCACGGAUGAAAGGUCGUCUCCCUUUCACUGUCAAUGCUGCGCUCCUGUCGCUUGCUCCGAGAGCCAAACACAGUCGCGCCCUGAUGUACCAUGACGGCUGCACUACAUGGCGAGCCCCAGGGAAGGCCUACAAUGCUGUUCCGUUGCGAUACCCACCUUCUAUUGCUCGAAUGGUAGCCCAAAAUAAACGACCUCUCGAGCUGGUCGAGGAUUGCGAUAGCCUUUGAAACUAAGGCUAACAAACAAUCUGUUCAAGUCGAGGUCGCAACUCCACCGAAACGAAUCUUAAUGUUAUCUAUAUGUUAUAUCAUGACAAUCCUCCCGCGGUGUCGUAUACAGCGAGGCGGUCUGCAGCAUUUGGAGGCCAUCACAGAGCGAAAUCCACAACAACUAAGUGGUACACAGUGUACAUAUAUGUACCUAUACGGCAGAUAACUUUCUAGAGCUCUCUAUGUUUGCUGUAUAGUGGCCUUUCUCAGUCCAACACUAUCUACUGGAAUACGGCAUAUAUAGUGACCUAGAUUUGCUUUUUAUGUUCAUGUCUCUAUAUUAUUACUGUAACUAAAGUGAGUGUUCCGAUCACCGGCCGAUUGCUACAUUUGCAAUACAUUUCAAUAACAUCAUACCCCAUUUCAUCAAUCCUCUCAACAUUCAUUCAUAUCACAAAUAGCCUGAUUCCUUGCCUAGCAGUCCGACGCCUCAUAUAUCCUUUGCACGCCAACCACCCAACCCCCAGCGCCCACGAUGCCCUCUGAGAAUACGCCACGCACCCAUCCUUCAUAACCCACAUACAAUUCUCAUCCCAUCACCCUUCCCAUCUACCCCUAACCAGCCAAACACUUCACCGCCAAAAUCGGCUGCGGCGGCCCCACAUCCACCGCCCCGUCAUCGGCACUCAGCACAUACGUCGCCGUAGCAGGCACAGCAGGCGGGUCGUGAGUUUGAAACUGACAUGACUGGAGCACAUCAAUAUCCGAGGAAGAUUUGAUUUUGGAAAUGUUGAGCUCCUCGUCGGUGGUGGGAUGCCAGGUGUUGUCGUUGGGAAUGGUGAGAGUGUAACUUGCGGGACCUCCGAUGAAUGUGAGGGAGAUUUCGUUGGUGGCUCGUUUGAUGAGAUUGGAGGUGGGGUUGGGGAGGGGAGACGCGGAGGUGAGGGUGAGGAGGAGGGUGG